AUUUAGGUAAUUAACCACAACAAGUUUAGAUAACGCCACAUGUAAGUGGAAGGAGUCCAUUUUUAUUAUUCAGUUCUCCCCCGAGCGAGCUAUCGGCAGUACAGGUUGUCUUUAGUUGGAGCAAACCAAAAAUCUGUUUGUUUUUCGAGUUCAGAAUCUAUAAAAAAUGAAUACUUUAAAAACAAACUGGUUUUCUGAAUCUUGCGAGAUGUGGCCAGGGGCCACUUUUUCAUUUGAGGUGAAGAAGGUUCUUCACGAGGAGAAGUCCCAGUUCCAACAGAUCCAUGUGUUUGAUACAACAAGCCUUGGCAGGGUGCUCGUUCUUGAUGGUAUCAUACAGUGCACUCAGAAAGAUGAGUUUUCUUACCAGGAAAUGAUAUCAUUUUUACCCUUAUGUGCCCAUAAAAACCCAGAAAAGGUGCUCAUUGUUGGUGGUGGUGAUGGUGGGGUUGCCAGAGAAGUGGCAAAACACCCGAAAGUUAAGGAAAUUGUACAGGUAGAAAUCGACGCGAAAGUCAUAGAAGUGUCCAAGAAGUACCUACCGUUCAUGGCUGUCGGUUUCGACAGUGAGAAACUGACGCUUCACGUCGGCGACGGCUUCGAGUUCCUCAAAAGCCACAAGGAGGAGUUUGACGUCAUAAUCACCGACAGCAGCGACCCUAUCGGACCGGCCGUGCAACUAUUCGAAGAGAACUACUUCUCACUAAUGAAAAAGGCUCUGAGACCAGGCGGCAUCGUCUGCUCCCAAGCUGGAACUAUAUGGAACGACAUCGACAUUGUCACGAGUACAUUGAGGUAUUGUAAAAACCAGUUUGCCGUAGCGGCGUAUGCCUAUGCCUCAGUGCCGACUUACCCAUCGGGCCAAAUAGGUUUCGUGAUUGGCUCUCUGGACGGAACCACGAAAUUAGAUACACCGAAUCUCGUUUUCUCUAGAGAAGAAGAGAAGGCGAUGAAUUUAAGGUACUAUAAUAGCGAUAUACAUAAAGCGGCGUUCGUUUUACCCACGCAUGUCAAAUAUCUGUUGGCAUAAUUUUCGAUUUGCCUGUAAGAUGUACUUAACCUUCGUGAACCACAGAUAAGGAGUAAGAUUGGAUGUGAGCGUGGACUUGGGUUUAAAAAAAAGUAGAUUAUAUGUGCGUCUUCGCUCGCGUAAAUGUGUCGUUUAUUAUAUAAAAAAAAUAUAUAUUUUAUAAUGGCGCGCUCGAAUAUAUAUUAUAUACUGGUGAUUGUUCGGAUUUUUUAAUUUAAAAAGAAAACUUGGUAGUUAUUUUUUCUUAAAUUUAAUUAUCAGGCCAGAUUUAUAUCAAUUUGAAUUAAUGGUUUAUAUAACGGUGAGUUUUUAUAUUUGUAUGUAUGAAGUGUAGUAAUAAAUUGAAAAGUCUCGACAAAAGCGACAUCUUGUGAUGGAGUGGUACUAAAAUUUGAUAUAUUUUUUUUAAAAGCUUUUGAUUUGAACAUUCCAUUUAGUUAAUAUGUAUGUUUAUAGUGUAAGGGUUGAAAAGUUUUCAAAAAUACUUUAUUGGGUGAAUACUUUCAUAUUACGUUUAAAAUUUGGCUAUGCAAAUAAUGAACUGAAUGAAAACUAAAGUUUUCUUAAAAUUAGCCAUUAUUGUUAUUAGAUUUAAGUUUAUUUUAAUCUGAUAAAAAUAUAUAAUAUUGAUAUAAUGUUUUUUAUGACAAAAUAUUUUUGGAAAGAUGUUCAUUUUAUAUAUUUUUUACAUAAUAUUUUAACUAGUUUAUAGAUUAUACACAUAAUAAAAGAGGUACAAAGAAAAUGGAAACAAUAAUACUCAUGUUUACUUGAAUAUAAUAAAAGGUGGCCAUUUUUUUUCUCAUAAAAUAACUGUUUAAAUAUUUCCUGUUUUAGGAAAUGAAAUAAGUUUUCGCAAUGUUUUAAACACAUCAGAAAGUUUAAACUAUACAUGAACAAUGGUUUUUAAAUUGUAAUUUAAAUUUGAAAGAGUUUUACGAAACAAAAAUCGACACAUUUUAUAUAAGUACGUAGUUUGAAUAGUUGUCGAACAAAGUGUUUUAAAUAAAAUAAAAAAUAUGUUUUUAUAUAAUGAUUUAUAAAACACCUGUGUGCCUUAUUAUGAACAGUAAAAUACAAGGGAUGAAAAAAUAUGUGAUCCAGAACAUUCCAUUUCGAUGUAAGAAUGAAAAUAUUUUAUUAUCUCGGUACCUAGGUAUAUUUUUUAUAAAGCGUAGUGAAUGGUUAUUAAAUUAUGUAAUGACAUUUGAAAUAUUUGCUCACUAUUGUGAUUAUUCAUAUUAUUUUUGUGCCUUUAUUUUUUAACAAUGUUGAAUAGAGAUGAAUAAAGAUAUUUUUAUAUUA